GAAAUGGCAGCGGACAGCAGUUGGCCCAAACUGCUUUUGUGGCUCACAGCACUGGUCGUGCUUAUCAACGCAGAGAAACCGACUGAGUCCACGCCCGGCAUUGAUGAGGAGUUUGAUGGCAGCACCAGUCCGGGUCCGCCGCUGGAAGAGACCACCAAUCGCAUGGCAGCCCACGCGGAUGCUGGUGGUGGUGGUGCAGAUCAGGAGCAGUAUAAUGUGAUCGAUGUGAUGGCCUCCAAGCCCAAGAGCGGCCAGACCACAAGGAUCGUCACCACCGGCGACGUGGACGAGAAGUUCUGGCUGACGCACCUGGGCGAGGAUUUCAAGCAUGCCAUCCAUUUGCAGGUGGGCGGCAUCAACGAGGAAUACAAUCGCCUGAUCAACCGGACACAGAACGGUGUCCAUGAGGAGGUGCAUCAUGAGUACUUGCCGGGUGCCGAAAAACCUGGCAGUGUGGCUCCACCUACAUCUCGCCAAUCUGGUUCAGCUUAUCACCAUGGCUUCGACAAUCGAGCCAUGGCCAUGAAGCAGCAAUAUCUGAUGCAUCAGCAGAGCCAGCAGUCACAUCCUUCACAGCAGCGAUUUAACUAUGCCCAACAACACACACAACACUAUGCACAACCUCCGACACAACAACAGUAUCAACAACAACAACACCGACAACACACCCAUCAAUACCCACAACAACAAACAGCACACAGAAACAUGUACUCAAAACCACAGAGCUUCGAAAAUCCACGGAGCUACAUCAUCAACUCUAGCGAGGAUCAGCUGCAUGCCGCCCAAUCAAAUCCGGCGCCAGUGCGAUAUUCUGAAGGGGAUCGACCCAAUCACGAGGAGGAGGGUGACUCCUUUGACUCGCAGCUCAACUUCAAGUCGCCGUUCAACGACUACGGCAGUCGGCCAACUCGAGAUCUCACCUAUUUACUCUACAGACGGGGUCUCUAAAAGUUAGAACCCAACUAUUCUAAACAUAAGACUUGCGGUCCCCAGUCCAUUGAGUUAUAUAAAUGGUGCUGAGCAACACACACAACACACAACACACUCUCCACACACACACAACACACUCACACAACACACACAAACAACACAAACCACACAAACACUGAGAUUUAAGGAAUAACUAUAACAAAUAAAAGGAAACAAAUAGAUCAAAA